AAUAAACUAAAAGAAAUAAAUAAUAAAAAUGAUCUUAUCUCCAUCGGUUUUAGUAUUAUAACUGCUGCCUCUUGGUGUUAAUUGGGGUUUAUAUGUUGAACUACUUCCUUCAAUCUUCUGAUUUUUUUUCUCCUUUUGUAAUCAGUAAUCUCUCUUCUCUUGUUCGUAUUUAGUUUUACUUAAUUUCAUGAAUUUCCAUGUUUAUUAAAUCUAUUAAAGUAGAAUUAGGAUUGAUUAGAAGUAGUUCAUAGAGUAAAUGUUUUUGAGAUGAAAGAAGAAUAAAAAAAAUCCAUCUGUCUCUGGAAUCUGGAUAUGAACGUGUAUCUUAAUACUUGUAAUUCUUUCACUCUAUGCUCCAUUUCUAGGAUUUGGAUUAGGAUUAAGAUUAGGACUACCAUCUUUCGCCGUCGCCGAGGUCAAGGUUAAUAUUAGGGUUAGGGUUCGCUUUAAGGUCAGAUCCCUCUUUUUUUUUCUUUUUUUUUUUCUCUUUGCUUUUCACCUUUGAUUCUUCGGAUCAACCGUUUUCGUUGAUUUUUGGUUCUAUUUAUUAUGUCACUGGUGAUGGACAUGGGAGGAAUCGGGAAGGAGGAGGUGGAUUCUACUCUAAGAUCAGAGGAAUCAGAAGAAGCAGCUUCUUCUGAGAGCUCUUCCAUUGGACGACCUGAUGAUGAUGAUGAUGAUAUUACCGACAAUGAUGAUGUUGAUGAGGUGCAGAGCAGUCUUUCUUCAAUGGCUUCUCUUGAAGACACUCUUCCUAUUAAGAGAGGAUUAUCGAAAUUCUACUCAGGAAAGUCAAAAUCGUUUGCAAAUAUAGCAGAAGUGAGAAAUAUAAAGGAAUUAGGAAAAUCAGACAACCCAUUUAAUAAGAGGAGAAGAACAUUAAUCGCGUACAAUCUUAUGUUUAAGGAAGAUAAGAAGAAGAAAUCAGGAACUGGGUUGUUUUAUUCCCACUCUAAUCACAUCUCUAUGCCCCUUCUACCCCUUACUGAAGUUGGUGAUGAUGAUGAUGGAGCGGUGAUUGAACAUGAUGACCGUUCAGAUUCAGAGGAUUACUUUGGUUCAACGGUGUCGUUUCGUCUUCAGCAAAUCCAAGAGCAUCAUCCUUAUCCUAAUACUAACAGUUUAAAAGAUAAUAAUGUUAAUGUUAAUGUUAAUGUGGGUGCUAGUUCUUCUGCUUCUCUUGUUUCUGAUGACUGCCUCAGUGGUAUAUGCAUAGAUAGAUAUUAGUGAUUUAAUUACUGCUUUUAAUUGUAAUUAUAAGUAAUAAACCCUUACUGUAUUACUCUUAUUUUGGUUGUUCAAAUUUGCUAAUUUAUUUUUCACAACA